GCUACUGCUCUUCUUAGCCUUCCGGAGCUCCUCCUUUCUGUUCCUCAAGAAGACGCGAGACAAAGGGGAAGACAACUCAAUGUGAUCGAGUACAUAACUUUCAAAAUGUUGAAAAGGUUUGUGAAGGAGGGACUAAUGGCGGCAGCUAAUUAAAUAUUCGUGAAAGAGGGAUAGCGUCGUACGAGGAAGAACUUUCUCGAUCGAGGGGAGAACGAGCGACAUCGACAACAACAGGAAGCUGUUUGCAAGGCAGGAGUUAUAAUGCAUAGUGAGGACGUCCAGCAGCUGAUUGGUCGUCAAGAAAAACGUCCCACUCAAUCACAAGGGUGGAGCUCCACUUUGAAGCAGGGAGAUCCACAGCCAACCCACGUUAAAGAGGAAGACGAGGAGUCACAGACCUCCCAAGUUAAAGAGGAAGAGGAAGAACUCUGGAUCACUCCGAAGGAAGAGAGCCUUCUCGGGAAAGAGGAGGCUGAUCUCACCAUGAAGUUGCCAUUGACUGUUGUGUCUCUGACGGCUGAAGACCUUGAAGACAAACCACAUUCCACAAUAAGCUUCCGCCAAAAUUUAUGUUUGUGUCCUGCAGAUGUCCAGGUGCUUGUUGGUCGUCAAGAAGAACGUCCCCGUCAGCCACAGGGGGAGAGCUCUACUUCGGAGCAGGAGGAUCCCCAGUCCCUCCACGUUAAAAAGGAAGAGGAGGAACUCUGGACCACUCAGGAGGGAGAGCACCUUCUGGGGCAGGAGGAGGCUGAUAGCACCAAUUUGCCAAUGACAGUUGUCUCUGUGAAGAUUGACGACAAACCACCUGAGUCCUCACAGCUUCAUCACAAUCCAAGUGAGAACAGAGGGGCGGAGCCUCCAAGCGGCAGCUCGCCACAACACAUGACAACAGAAGUUGAUGGAGACCACUGUGGAGGAUCACAGGCAGACAUCCUCUUAGCUCCGCUAUCAGAUAGUGACGACACAACGUCACACGUCAAUGUAAAUAUGGAAUCACACAUGACAACACACGCAGGAGAAAAACCCUUCGGUUGUUCAGUUUGUGAUAAAAGAUUCGCUAGAAAAAUUAAGUUGCAUUUACACAUGAGAACACACACAGGAGAAAAACCUUUUAGUUGCACAAUUUGUGAUAAAAAGUUCUCUCUUAAGGAAAACAUGGUAUCACACAUGAGAACGCACACAGGAGACAAACCUUUUAGUUGCUCAAUCUGUGGCAAAAGCUUCACUAAAAAGGAUAAUAUGUUAGCACAUACGAGAAUACACACAGGAGAUAAACCUUUUAGUUGCUCAGACUGUGGCAAAAGCUUCUCUCGAAAAGGACACAGACUAGCACACAUGAGAACACACACAAGAGAGAAAGCUUUUAGUUGCUCAGUUUGUGGUACGAAAUUCUCUCGUGAGACAACAAUGCUGGCACACAUGGGAACGCACAGGGGAGUAAAACCCUUCAGUUGUUCAGUUUGUGAUAGAAGAUUCUCUCAAAAAAUGUAUGUGCGUGCACACAUGAGAACACACACAGGAGAAAAACCUUUCAGUUGCUCAAUUUGUGAUACAAAGUUCGCUCUGAAAACAAAUAUGGUAUCACACAUGAGAACGCACACUGGAGAAAAACCCUUUAGUUGCUCAGACUGUGGCAAAAACUUCAUUAAAAAGGAUAAUAUGGUAGCACAUAUGAGAAUACACACAGGCGAUAAACCUUUUAGUUGCUCAGAGUGUGGGAAAAGCUUCGCUCGAAAGGCGCAUUGGCGAUUACACAUGAGCACACACACACUAGAAAAAGCUUUUAGUUGCUCAGUUUGUGGUGCAAAAUUCUUUCGUAAGACGACAAUGCUGGCGCACAUGAAAACACACACAGGAGAAAAAACUUUUCAGUGCUCAGACUGUGAUAAAAGAUUCUUUACCAAAUCACUUAUGCUGUCACACGUGACAACACACACAGGAGAAAAACCCUUUAGUUGUUUAGUUUGUGACAAAAGAUUCUCAAGAAAAAACAAUUUGAUUUCACACAUAAGAACACACACUGGAGAAAAACCUUUUACUUGCUCAGACUGUGGGAAACGUUUCACUCAAAAGGUAAACAUGAUGGCACACAUGAGAACUCACACUGGAGUGAAACCCUUUAGUUGCUCAGACUGUGGCAAAGGCUUCACUAAAAAGGCAAAUGUGUUAACACACAUGCGAGGGCACACGGGAGAAAAACCUUUUAGUUGCUUGAUUUGUAGCGGUACUUUUUCUCGCAAGUCAUCUUUGAACAAACACAUGCAGAGUCACUGAUGAGCUACUGUUUGUUAUUCCUGACUUGCAUGCAGGCAGGGUGGGUGUCACAUCACAAAGUAAGUUGUCUGAUGCUUUAUUUAAUUAGACAUUAAAUGCAACACUAAUUUGCUUUUGAUGUGUUUGUCAAGUUCGGAGUGUUGUUUCCUAAUGUGUCUAGCAACUUGAUGUUUAGUUCUUAAUAUUCAUGAAGGUAAGUCGUCAGCUCUUGCUUCCUGCAAAAACCAGGGUGGUAUCGCCAUGAUGACUUUCAUGGGACAAAUGUUUGCUGUGAUCCGUGCAAAGCUUUUUUUGUUGGUUGUUGUAAAUGUCUUGACACAGAACAAUAUGUUGAGUUUAUGACAUGUUUUGUUGCCAUUUAUCUUCAUGGGCGCUAUCAUGCCAGAGAUGAUUCUCCCACCUGGAUUCAAUCACAUAAAAACAAUCUUCAUAACAUUGUGUAUUUGCUUGUGUACAGUAUGAAUUUCUGCCAUCUGGUAGGUUUUUGUGGCCUUUCUAUUUUUAAUUAUAAUUAUCAAAUAUUAUUAGUUCAGAGUAAAACAAGUGAAGAUAAUGGCUUCCAUGGCAUCACUAUGAAUUGGAUAAUAUGACAUUUGCC